AUGAAGGCUACGCCGUUGCUCAUCGCGUGGCACAACGACAAUGCCCCAAUCUACUCGGUCCAUUUCGACCCCAACGGUAAAGGGCGCCUUGCUACGGCUGGAAAUGAUAACAAUGUCCGACUAUGGAAAGUCGAGUCUGCAGGUGAAGAUCGAAAAGUGACCUAUCUAAGCACACUUGUGAAACACACACAAGCUGUCAAUGUGGUCCGCUUCAGUCCGAAAGGCGAGAUGCUGGCGUCUGCAGGAGACGACGGCAACGUUCUUCUCUGGGUCCCGUCAGAGCUACAGACCCAGCCUGGGUUAGGGGAGGAUCGUUCGGACGACAAGGAAACGUGGCGUGUGAAGCAUAUGUGCCGGUCCUCCGGUGCUGAGAUCUAUGACCUUGCGUGGUCUCCAGACGGGGUCUUCAUCAUCACAGGGAGCAUGGACAAUAUUGCUCGAAUAUACAACGCGCAGACUGGGCAAAUGGUUCGGCAGAUUGCGGAGCAUUCGCACUACGUUCAAGGAGUGGCCUGGGAUCCUCUGAACGAAUUCGUUGCUACCCAGUCAUCGGAUCGAUCUGUCCACAUCUACAGCUUGAAGACAAAGGAUGGCCAAUUUACGUUAACGUCUCACGGGAAGUUCCUGAAAAUGGAUCUUCCAGCCAAACGUAUCUCGUCCAGCAGUCCUGCUCCGCCUGAUCUUUCUAUUCGAUCCCAGCCCGCAUCAGGCAGUUCCAUUGCCAUUGCUUCUCCCGCUACCUCGACUCCGGGUACGCCAUUGACCUCUCAUUUGCCUAUGGAUCCUCCUCCGGUAUCUCAUAGUCGCCGUUCUUCAUUUGGCUCCCCCUCGAUUCGCCGCUCUGCGUCUCCGGCACCUUCCCUGCCGUUACCGGCUGUUAAGCCUUUGGAAGUAGCCUCGCCAAACGUCUUGGGUGGUCUCACAGUCAAGAAUGCCAACAUCUAUGCCAAUGAGACUUUCACAUCAUUUUUCAGGCGGCUGACUUUCACCCCUGAUGGAAGUCUGCUGUUCACUCCAGCUGGCCAGUACAAGACCACGCACGUUCCUGCCACAGACCCCACAAAAACCACGGAUGAGAUCAUUAACACAGUGUACAUCUACACCCGUGCAGGCUUCAACAAGCCCCCUGUCUCUCAUCUGCCGGGACAUAAGAAGCCCUCCGUUGCAGUCAAGUGUUCUCCAAUUUUGUAUACCUUGCGCAAGGCUCCUCAGCCUGCCCGACAUAUUACGCUGGAUACCUCCUCGGGGGAGGAAUCCUUUGCAUCUCUUCCUGAACCAGUAGUUUCCACGAAGCUGACGCCUGACAAGCCUUCCAUGGAGCCUCCGUCGACUCCUUCUGCAAGCGAGUCGUCUAAGACCAACACAGCGUCCCAAAACGCCGAGAGUGAAGGAGCUUCUGCUGGCCAGAGUCCGAGUCCGGUUUUCUCGUUACCAUACAGGAUUGUGUACGCGGUGGCUACGCAGGACGCGGUUCUGGUGUACGACACGCAGCAACAGACUCCCCUGUGUGUUGUGAGCAACUUGCAUUUUGCGACAUUUACAGAUCUCACCUGGUCGAAUGAUGGCUUAACUUUAAUAAUGAGCUCUUCUGACGGCUUCUGCUCAACGUUGUCAUUUGCUCCCGGAGAGCUGGGCCAGCUGUAUACACCUCCAGUGGGAAUUGCUCAGCAUCCUGCGAACGCUAGCACCACGUCCGCGAAUCAAGCCCCGCUACCAUCCCCGGCCAAUAUUCCCUCGCCGCUCAAGUUGAGUCAACCUUCUCUGAGCUCGGCACCGGCCCAGUCAGCCGAAGUACCUCCAGCGAGUCCCGCACGAUCCAACUCCGCCUGCUCAAUGACCACACAAUCUCCCGUUCAACAGACACCGAUGUCUGCAGUCACGCAAAGUGGAGCGAACUCUGUGAGCAACAGUGUUUUGGGCAAAAGAGACAUCAGCGAGUCAGAGAAGGAGGAGUCAAAGGACCAGAGUUCGGUCCCGCAAGUACAACAGCCGAAGAAGAGACGCGUGGCCCCGACUCUUAUUUCGGCCGGCACGAACUCCAAUCCUCCCUCCUCUUCAUCUCCGAACGAUGAAAUCUCAUAA